AUGGCGGAAGGAGAACCGUCAUACAUAGACUAUGAGGCAUUCUUAGACCCUGGCUUCUCCCCUGCUUCAUUUGCCAAUACAUUGGUAACAAGCACAAACAAUGCAACAGACACCCCGUUGGAUCUAUCAACGCCAUUGUCCCGGGUGCUCUUUGAUCUUCAGGAGAUCGACACACAUAUCCAUGCCUUGACGACCAGGUCAGCACUACCAUUGCUUUCACACACCCAAAGCCAAACUGCUGCUGCUGAUCGUAUCCUAAAAGAAUCGGGUACGCAGAUUGCUUCCGUCACCCAAGGAUACGAACGCCUGCAAAAAGAGGUGAUCCAGAAGUGGGAAGCUGCCAACGAAGCCCGUAUUGCCGCCGAAAACUCACUUGCAACUGUUCGCCUAGCAAGGGCUGCUGCGCGCUGUCUAACGCUGGGUAGACAGCUGGAGAGCCAAGUUUCUGAAAUCACAGGCCGAGGCGCAACAGGGCCCGCCCUCUCAGCAGGAUCGGAUGGAGCAACAUCGCCAUCAACCGGAAAAGAAGGCUUCCGUGCAUUGGAACGAGCAGCGUACACAAUUCUCAGUCUACGUGAAAUGUUCUCCGCUACGGCAGAGGGCGAAGAAGGCUAUGGCUUGGACCGGGUGAAGGUCAUUCGCACUCUUCGUGGAGAAUUCGUCAUUCCCGCAGAGAACUUGAUCAAGUCGAGAGCGCAGCAGGCUAUCAACAAGUUCUCCUUAUCGUCAACCUCAUCGAGCGCUGGCCAGUCAUCCGUGACGUCUGGCUAUAAGCAAGCUCGCGAUGCCCGUGCACGAUUGGCGACGGCCGCCACGACCUUAUAUCUUCUUUCACCUCCGCCAAAAGCAGACAUCACUGCAGCCAAUUACAAGCCCGAACUAUUGUUGUCAACGCUACAAGGGUUCAUGCACACUGCAAUCAUGACAUCCGUCAAUACCCUCUCCCGGGCACUUACCCAGCUCCCACUCAUGGACCGAACCCUUGCCGACAUUUCUGCUCGUUGCCAGGAUAUCGUCGCCUUAGAGACUAUCCUCAGAAAUCUGCGCCCACCAUCACAUCCUCUUUUAAUAUCGACCACCACAACCGACGGACCUGCCGCCGAGCCUCAGCCCGCCAGUUCAAACAACCUCAAUCUCCUUCAACCUCUUUUCCAAGCUUUAGACACAUCAUCGCUCCCUUCCUAUUACUGGCGCUCUCUCGCCUCGUCUCUCAGCCCGCGCGUCCAGGAAAUCAUCAACCGAGGGGGUGUCUCCGCCCGCUCAUUGCGAUCCAACCGGGAUCGACUGAGAGUCGAGAUCAAGGAGUGUGUGCUCCGUGCGUCGCAAAUCUCUGCUACUAGUCUACCGGCUGAGAAGGGUCGAUCUGGGACCGAGACGGUGGUGGUUGGAAAUUGGGAGCGUGAAGCCGCCGUCAUGGUGAGCUCGGUUGUUGGCCCUCUGGGACGGUAA